GAGAGAGGGUGAUGCUGUUCUCUGUUCACUGGGAAUGUAUUGACAGAGGAUCCAACUCUCAACCUUCCAGCUGGACCCUGCUGCUGCUCUCCUUACUGCGUGGGGUUUAAACCGGGACACAAACACCUGACGGCUGAGCUGUUUCACUGACCGACCUUCUAAUAAAACCAUGAGGGUCUUCCUCCUGCUUUGCCUGCUGGCGUUAGGGAACGCCAAACCCUACCAGCCCAUCAACGUUAUGGACUUCAUGAGAAACUAUGACAUCAUGAUGGCUGAUUCGGAUGAUGACGACGAUGACGAUGAUGAUGAUGACAACGAUUACGAUGAUGAAGAUGAGAACUGUCCAGCUGGUUGCCAUUGCACACCCAGAGUGGUACAGUGCUCCGACCAGGGUCUGAUCUCUGUUCCUGAGAAGAUUCCUGAAGACACUGUGAUGAUAGACCUCCAAAACAAUGAUAUCACUGAGAUCAAGGAGGAUGACUUGAAAGGCCUCCACAAGCUUUAUGGCCUGUUUUUGAUCAACAACAAGAUCUCAAAGAUUCACCCCAGGGCCUUCAGAAACAUGGACCAUCUCAGGCUGCUGUACCUCUCCUACAACCUGCUGACUGAGAUCCCUGCCAACCUGCCUCCAAACGUCUUCGAGCUCCGCUUCCAUGAAAACAAGAUCAACAGAAUCCAGAAGGAUGCAUUUAAAGGCCUGAGGAAACUCCAUGUGCUGGAGCUGGGUGCCAACCCUCUGGACAACAAGGGGAUUGAGUUUGGAGCUUUUAACGGCUUGUCAACUCUGUAUAUUGGAAUGGCAGAGGCCAAACUAACUGCAAUACCAAAAGACCUCCCGCCCUCCAUUACAGAGCUAAGUCUGGAUUACAACAAGAUCUCUAAGGUGGAAGUAGAAGACUUCAUCAGAUAUAAAAACCUGCAGAGACUAGGACUUGGCUUUAACCAGAUCAGGUCUGUAGAAAAUGGCAGUUUUGUCAGCAUCCCAAACAUCCGUGAGAUCCACAUGGACAACAACCGUCUGAAAAAGGUCCCACCGGGUCUCAGCUCCCUGCGCUACCUCCAGGUGAUUUACCUCCAUGGCAACAAAAUCAGCAGUGUGGGAGUCAACGACUUCUGUCCCAUCAGGUCCAAUGUCAAGAAGAACCUGUACACAGGCAUCAGUCUGUUUGCCAACCCUGUUAAAUACUGGGACAUCCAGCCGGCCACCUUCCGCUGUGUGACUGGACGGAGGGGCGUUCAGCUCGGAAACUUCAGAAAGAAGUAGGGAGUGAAAACGAGGCGUUCCAGAUAGCUCAAAAAUGGAGAACUGCCAAUAUCCUUGCAAGACCAUUAAGAACGAGCUGGAAAUAAAAAUUCAGAUAAAUUAAAAAAAAAAAAAAAAAAAGAAAGAUGAAACUCCAAUUCUUAAGUGUUAGCUGUUCAGGAAA